AUGAUGGCGAAUCGUAAAAAAAGUAAUGAUUCGUCUCGAUCCGUACCAAAAUAUCCAAGGCGUAAUAUCAUAUUUUCAUCAUCUUCAUCUUCUGAAGAAGAGGUAACAACGGGAUGUCGGAGUUGUAGAAACACAUCGAAAGAGUACUUUGCUAGGAAUCGUGCUGGGACAGAAUCCCAAACAGGACAAAAUACAUCAAGAAUCGAAGAAAAUCCUUUUAGUUUUAAGCAUUUUCUAAAAAACGGUUCACAAGUAAAUUAUCAGAAUGCUGGAGCUCGUCCAAAAGUUUACACUUCUCCAACACCAUAUAAUUUAGAAAAAGGUUCUACUGUUUAUUCUCGUAAUCCAACAGAAUUACCUGAUUUUGUACAAGAUCACUUGGUUGUAGAGCAAUAUUAUCUAAAUCAUGAGCCCAAACAACAAACUAUCUCAGAUGUAGAUAAUCUUCCUGAUUUUGCAUUAAACAGUGUAGAACAAAGACAAACUCGACUCAGAAAUGAAUCAAAGAAAAAUGAGUCUAGUACUUCAUGUGAUCUUUCUUUUGAUUUAACUGGAAAUUUGGACAAAGCAAUACUUCAAAGAAAUCGAUCUGUACCAAAUACAAGUUGUUCCUCUCAUUUAAAUUUACCUGUUUUUGUUAGAUCUAAUAUAGGACCUACUGAAAAUCCUGAGCCAUUAGGAUUUCCAUUAGAUUUACCAAUAUCUACAACUGAACCUGAUCCUGAAUCAAAUAUUGCAGUAAGAGACUGUUCUCAUUCAGGAGCAAAUGAAACAAAUGUUCCAAAAUCUUUACCAGAUUUUUUAAAUGAUGGUCCUAUUCAUAAUAGAACAACAUUGUCAACAGAAUCUGGAUCUAUAUCAAAUAGUAUAGAAUCCACAGAAAGGAGGUUAUUGUUGGAAAAUGAAAGAUUACGACAGGAGUUAGAAUUAGCUCAAAAACAAAUUAAUGAAAAAUCACAGAGAAUUCAAUUACUAGAAUUAGAAUUGGCAUCUAAAAAAGAAGUGGAUCAUGAAGAAACAAUUCAUCUUGAAAAAGCCAUGGAACAAGUUGAGGAUAAUUUAAAACGUAGUACAAAAAGAGCAGUAAAUGCAGAAAGUACUAUUUCAUCAAUGAAAAAAGAAAUUAAAUCUUUAACGACGGAAAUAUCAUUACUCCGAUUAGAAAACAAAGAACUUAGAACUGGAAUUGCGGCAGGAAAUAGAAGUGAAUAUAGUUCUUCAAAUAUAGAUCAAACAGUAAGAAGGCUAGCUGGUGAUUUAAGACAUGCUGCUUCAUCAGCUGAAGUUUCCUUGAGACAAUUAAUGUCUGGUGUGGACAAUUUAAGAGUACUAGCUUCAGCACUUGAAAAUGUGGAUAGGAUAGAAGACCGGACCAAAGAUUUUCUACCAGAUUUUGAUGAGGAUAAUGCUGCUGGUCCUGCACUUUAAUACAUUCUUGUGUACUUCUUUUUCUGCAUAUUACCCUUAUUUGACUUCUAUGACAUGUAUCCCAGCCUGUGCUAAAAAGUUCCUUGAACUCACGCAAUUGCGUUGAGUACUCAUUUUGGAGUCGAUUAGUGAUUGAAUUCGAUUGAAAAACACGAUAUUUACAUCAUGUUUGUUGUAUGUCUUUAUAUAUUAAUAAUAGCUCUUCAAUUUUGACUUACAUAACAAUUCUAGGUGUAUUAUAUAUCACCCAUUUUGGCAAAGCAUAUCCUUUUAAAUGUAAUUUUAAUCCAUAACAACAAACAUGGAUAAAAUAAUAGCUUAAAUGUGAUUUAUCACGAUGCGACUCCAAGCAAAAAAACUGAUUUUAACUUUUAUAUGUAUGUUUUGACGUGAAACCAUAAAGCACUGGUUGGGAUUCAGUACAUAAUUCCAACGCAGUUAUUAAAAAAAAAAAAAAAGAAAAAAACAAUAUUUUAAUAGUUAUUGUAACAAUGUUACGUGUACAGUUUCAGAUUACAUGUUCAAUUUCUUUGUAAAUGUUGAAACUAUCAGUUGAACAAUUACAUUUAAAACAAAAUAUUCUUCAAAA